GUCACUGUGAGACAUGCUGCCUGCGGAUCGCCCCGACCUCCGCUCCCUGUGCGCCCUGCUGGGCUGCUCGGCUGCCUCCCUACUACUCCUCUUCCGAUGGGUUAAGACACGCAGGAUCCAAAAGAGGAUUGACAAUGCCCGGGAAAGAAGGGACAGAGCCCUGGGCAGCAUGGAGGAGGCUGUGAUCCGCUUAUCCGCUGAGCACCCUGUUCCAGAUCCCGAGGAGAUUUUGUCUCUGUCGUUGGACGAACUGUCCCAGAAGCUUAAGGAUGGCUCGCUCUCUCCCGAGAUGGUUCUUCAUUGCUACAUGGGAAAGGCCCUGGCAGUGACCGAGCAGCUGAACUGUGUGACCGAUUUCCUACCAGAGUGUGAAGCUCAACUGGCGGAGCUCAAACAGCGAGAAUCAAAAGACCUUCUUUAUGGUGUCCCCAUCAGCCUAAAAGACAACUUUAAUUGCAAGGGCCACGAUUCCACUUUGGGUUUGAUCAAUCACUUGAACCGGCCGGCAUGUACAGACAGCGUGAUUGUACAAAUUCUAAAAAGCAAAGGGGCCGUUCCGUUUGUGAAAACAAACAUUCCGCAGUCAAUGCUAAAUUAUGACUGCAGUAACCCUAUCUAUGGCCGGACUUUAAAUCCUCUCAACCACAAAAAAACCCCAGGAGGCUCCUCGGGUGGGGAAGGAGCCCUGAUCGCAGCAGGAGGGUCUAUCCUGGGUGUUGGAUCAGACAUUGGUGGGAGUAUCCGGUUUCCAUCAGCUUUCUGCGGCCUUUGUGGCUUUAAACCCACCGGCAACAGACUCAGUACUGUGGGUGUUGUGUCCAGUUCCCCUGGACAGAAAUCGGUGACGGCAAUGAUCGGACCCAUAGCUCGGGACGUGGACAGCUUGACGCUGUUUAUGAGAGCUGUGCUGUGUGAAGACAUGUUUAAUCUGGACCCCACCGUCCCACCGCUUCCAUUCAAUGAGGAGGUAUAUUCAAGCUCCCGACCUCUCCGCAUCGGAUAUUAUGAGACAGAUGGCUUUACAAUGUCUACUCGCUCCAUGAGUCGUGCAGUUUUGGAAACUAAGGUUCUGCUAGAAAAAGCUGGACAUAAGCUGGUGCCAUUCACCCCUCCAACGGUAGAGAAGGCUGUGUUUGAAUUCGCCAUGAAAGGUUUGUUAGCGGACGGAGGUUCCACUUUUCUGGAGAACUUUAAAGGCGACAUUGUUGACCCCAACCUGACAACCCAAGUGUCAACAUAUGCACUUCCUUCUUGUCUAAAGAGCUUACUGUCAUUCAUUGUGAAGCCCGUGUUUCCAAGAUUAGCAAAAGUUCUAGAGAAUACCAAGGAAACAAGAUCUGUUAAAACCCUUUGGAAACAUCAUACAGCUGUAGAGGAAUACCGCCAAGAAUUCAUAGCAACGUGGAAAAAGCUAGGGCUGGACGCUGUCCUGUGUCCUAUUUUGGGUCCUGCUUUAACCGUUGGAUACCCUGGAAAACUGUCAAGCGCUGUAUCCUAUACCAUCCUGUACAAUGUCGUAGAUUUUCCCGUAGGGGUAGUCCCCGUCACCACGGUGACACAAGAAGACGAGGAAGAUUUGAAAAACUAUGACGGGCACUAUAAGGACUUCUGGGAUAAAUUGCUCAAAAAGGCUGUGUCAGACGGCGUAGGUCUUCCCGUGGCUGUGCAAUGCGUGGCUUUACCAUGGCAAGAGGAACAGUGCCUCCGGCUGAUGAAGGAAGUAGAAACUGUGACUCGGAGAAACCUCAGAGGGUGAACCCUCAAUGCCGAGGACACCCAAAAGUCCACGUGAUACUGGGCAUGAAUAAAAAAAACAAAAAAACACAGCAUAAACAUGCAGCCAAGAUGGUGUUUUCAAGACCCUCUGUAGAACACCGACCUUUACCUGUUCUAGUAACCCAAUGGUGGACCGCCAGAGCAGUAAGAUGUGAACCACCUACCACUCUGGCACUAAAAUAGUUAAAAGCAAGAGAAGAUCUGCAUACAGUACUGUGCACACUGCCAAAUAGUGAUUUGAUUUAGAUUUUUAUUCGCAUUUAUUUUUUAAUGAUUCAAAAUGUGACUUUCUACUAAAGUAAAAAAAUUCACGUUAACAUUUGUCCUCUUAAUAAAACAUGUUUUGCUUUACCCUUUUGUCCCAAUGUAUUGACGUUUCUCAACAGCUGAAGCUCAAACAACUUGUCCUGUUAUAUAUAUUCAAGAAAGAAAACAGUUUUUCUUUCCUUCCAAUAUUAAAACAUGAAAUAAA